GCAUUCUUUUGCAAAACUCGUCAACGACUUUGAACCGAGUGGUUGACAGGUGCGCGCCACUCGUCGGGCGCGCAUGCGCCCAUGCGCGACGGGGAACAGGUGACGGGUUACCUGUGUCUCAUGACUCCCGUCAUCGUGUAUUUAAUCGUCGCUCACGGACGAUCGCUGAUAGCCGACGUAUCUCGCCGUGAUAAAUAUCAGGCCCGUGGUACUCACACACGCGCACGAUGCCGUGAUAAGAGAAGAUGACGGGCGCAAGGUAGAAUCGUGCCGACGGGCGCUCCCGAGACAGAAAGUGGCAGAAAUAAUCGUCAUCGAUGUGUCGUAGAGUAGAAGGGAAGAACCAUGGCUUUCCCGCCGUUAGUGAGUUCCACGCCUCCACCUUUGGACAACUUCGGGGAGUCCGAUGAGGAUGAAUUUGGAGAUUUCACGGCUGGUGGGAUAGAUGGCUUAUCAGUUUCAUCGGAGUCCCCACAGAAGCUUAUCACUCCGAUACAAACGCCAAUAGCAUCGCAGAACGCGUCUCCUAGAAUAAACGGUAUUAACGAGCCGCUGGUAUUGGAUAAUUGCGCCAAGAUAAACCAAGCCUUGAAAUGUGAGGACUUGCUUAUCGUCGAGAAGGCGGAGGAUCGCCAGAAUGUGAGCCGCAUAAGAUUGAAGGAUAGAAGCGUGGACGAUAGUAGCGUGCUGGACGAGAACGCUAGUUUAACGGAGCGCCGCGGUGUGUUAGAUUCACCUAGGCACCUAGCUGGCGAGUCGCAUAAUGUUGAGACUAGCGAUAGCAUUGAUCGUGUUUGUACCAAGAAUGUUUUAGCUAAAGAGAAUAAUUUCGUUGACACGGAUGUAAUUAGUAGCAACAAUAGUAGCUUAGCCGAUAGCGUAAAGACGAUCAGCGAGCGGGAGGGGUCGAACGACGAUGACGACGAGGUGGAGCCCGCGAGCCUCGACCUGGAGGAUCCCGCGAGCACGCCGGACAUCCUGCAGCAGCUGGAGGACGACGAUUUCUACAACUACGAACAGUUCGAGGACUCCGCCGAGUGGAACGACGGCGGCGCCAACGGCACCGUUGACAAAUCCGCUUUUGUUCACGACGAAAGGACCGACGUGUUCGACGAGCCGAGAUACAUCGAGAUGUACGACGUGAUGUCCAGCAAGAGCGACUCCUUCCGUUUCGGCGAUGACGCCGCGAGAGAGGAGGACCGCGUAUAUACGCGCGCCGAGGAUAGUUACGUUCAAAAAUCCGCCGACCUUAAUCACUUCUGCGACGCAAUCGUGCAAUCAAAAGAAAGGACGAAUCAAAUUGCCCGGGAGGCGAAUGAGGAGGUUCCUGCUGAACCGGAGGACAUGCGUCAUCACAUCCUGGAGAACGGUCUCGCGCCGCACGACAACUCCGACUUCGCGGAAUUCAUGGGUGACAAGGAAUGCGAAACAGUACAAAUUCACGAUGACACGUCCCGUGUACAAAAGUCGUUCUCGUCGAUCGAAAGAGCCUCACUGCCAUCUAUUACCGAUGCGUCUCUCGACGUAUGCUUAAAGGAUAAAAUUAAUCUUACCGCGGGGGAAGCAUGUGCCACGUAUAAAAAAAUCGAGAAUCCCGUAGUGUAUUUUAGCGACGGCGAGUUUCACGACAUCAAUCUGAUCGAGCCGGUGGUGAGCAGCGAGGACGACGAUUUCGGUGACUUCGCGAACUUCUCGAGUUGCGCAACGGCGGAGUGGAAGCACGACGACCACGCGGAAGUACGUCCCGACGACGACGAUUUUGGAGACUUCAAUGACUUCGAGACGUCUGUCGGUGUAGUAGAGACGCAACAGUUUAGUUUGAAAGAGUCUAUAUGUCGGAUAGAAAACAAGAAUGCCGCGAACAAAAUAGAGGAUAUAGUGACGAGCAUGUUUCAUCCCGCCGUUCCCGCACCUCACGAGGUCGAGUUGCAGUCUCUGAUAAGCAAAACGGACAAGGUUUGGCGGAAUGUGAAGAGCGUGGAGGAGACCAACGCUCUCACCUAUCAGUGGGCUAACAGCAGCAGCAACAAUGUUCUCCUAAAUGCUCUCGGUAUCGAUUCCCGGAACAUUCUGUUCGGGCCGAGAUGGAAUCCGAACGUACCGAGAUUCGCGGCGAAUCUCGGCUUCACGCCGUUGGAGCCGAUUAAAGCUAACGCCGAGUCUCAGCAGCCUCCCACACCCAAUAGCAGCAAGACGCAAGCCUGUUCGGACGAAGUACCUGCCGCCCAAUUUGAUUGGAAUAGUUCUGGUCUUGUAAAUCCUCUAGAUGCUAGUGGUGGUGGGUUGUCCGCUCUUCUGCCUCUGGAUUUGUUGUGUCCGUUUGAUCCUCUACUAACACCUCAUUGUUCCACACAUUCCGAAUCCUACCAUCAGUCAGCUUGCCCGACGAACUCCGUUUAUUACUUUUCAUCUGAUGCAGUUUCGCAAGAAGCGAACAGCCUGCAACAACCCGUGAAGUCGCAAAACCUGUCCGAUCUUACUGGCGGCUCGUCGAAACAACAGAAAUCGUCUCAGGCGUCCAAGAUAAUAGAACCGUUACCAGGGCCUUGUACAGUGGAAUGGAAGAAGAAGUCCGAGCAAGAUCUCGGAGCUAGGCAGAAGAAUCCGCACGGCAAGCCAUUGAGAAGUGUUCUGUCGACCAACAAUAAAUCGUUCCCAGUAAGCAAUAACUCGUCCAAAGCGCACGAGUAUCAUAGAAAGUCGGGCAGGAAGGAGAACACCCAAGGCGCGGAACAAGUGGUCGUGGACAGAUACGGGCGGCCAAUGGCCGUGCAGACCGAGACGGUGAAGGUCCUGAAUCAGUUGCCGGAUCUGUCGUUUUUAAACGCCAGAACUUUGCUGUUCAGUCGCGAGCAGAAGCAGAUCGUGCACGAUCUGGGCGCCAUGAUAAAUCGGAAGAUGCCCGGCUGAGUAACAUCGGUCUGAAUGCGAGUUUGAAAGGGCAACAACCGCGACGGAGGCGACCCCCUCGAAAGGGAUUCGCGAGUUGGACGUUUCUAAUGAUCCCAAUUACAAUCAAAAGAGAGAACUUCUGCUACCUUUCAAACCUGUGUUCAGACCAACCUCUGACGAUCCACCACCUCUCUUCCACGUCGAAAAGGGGGGGGGGGGGGAGAAAACGAAUAAA